AUGGUGAAUCUAACACUCAGUAAAACAUGGCAAAUCCUCGGCCCAUUCUCUAUUGGAAUGCGUGAACAAGAUUUUGGUUCAGAUCCUUUAGAAGCCUAUGGCGGAUUCUACCGACUGCCUUAUUCUGAACAAGCCAAGUACCCCUCUGAGCUGGUUGAAGGAGGUUUGGUUAGCUGGAGCUCUGUUGAGGCCAUAGAAGGUCAGGUAGGCCCGAUAAAUUUUCCUCAUGUGCGUUGGCAAGAAAAUACAGUUCCAUUCGGAUGGUCGAUUGAGCAGUAUCAAGCAUGGGCACGUACAGUACUUGUAUUGGAUCAGCCGACGACGUUCUUGAUGCAAGUUAAAGGAGUCUCGGAAUUCUAUAUUAAUACCACUCGCUAUUCAGGAGACUGUUAUGGAUAUGGAACAAUACGCCAUGUUAUUAGGCUUGAAAAAGGUUUACACAUGAUUCAAGUGAGAAUGAUCCAUGAUGUACGAGUCAACGGUGGAGGCCAUUACCCACCCCAGUGCAGCUUCCGUGUCUUUCUUGAUAAGAUUGAGAAUUCUGAAUUGGAUGGGGGUGUGGUGUGUUUAAAAGAUUAUACAUCUUUGGAGGUAGAGCAUGAUAUACUGGUUCCUUCUUAUCUGGCUGAUUUGGGGUUUGCAGGCCAGUACGGAAGUGUAUCGCUCCAAAACUAUGGUCUGUCUCCUCUGAGAAUAAAAUCCAUUACCGUACAAUUGACCAGAGAUGAUCAGGGUUUGAAUGGCCAGGAAGAAUGUGAGACAGUAUCUGGCUUGAUUGAUUCCAAGAGUGUGAUCAUUGCACCAGGACAGGCAUGCUCUGUUGGAUUCAGUUUCUAUCUCAAGACACCCGUAGCAGAUGUGACUGAUCUAAAGAUGGCACUUUUGAUCCAAACCGUAAUGGAGACCCAAACAGCUGAAAAGAUAUCUAUGUUGGUAGCUACUGUCAACAUUAAGCCAGUAGAUUGGACCAACUCUGCAUUCUGUUACACUUUUACGGACUAUGAUGGCACAGUACAAUAUGCCAUGGCAAAGAAACCCCGUAUACUAGACACUGACCCCACUAAACCCAUCUUGCUUGCUCUGCAUGGUGCUGGUGUACAAGCAAACUCUGAAUUUUGGACCGAAUCCAUUCGUACCCAGCAGAAUUCUUGGAUUGUAUUUCCUACAGGUCGUACACCAUGGGGUUACGAUUGGCAUGGUCCUAGUAUGAAGAAUGCAUUUAAAGCACUCGAGAGCCUCUCGUCAAUCAAAGAUUUAAUUACUCCAGUAAAUACCAGCAUUGACAAUAGCGAUGACUGGGUCUUGGUGAGCACCUCUUUACAGGGUAAUCAGACCCAUAAAGAUAAAGAAGUGUGGGUAGUUGGUGAUGUUAAUCGUGUGAUUUAUAUCGGCAAGCAUUUGUGGUCAAUAGGACACAGUAAUGGUGGACAGGGUGCAUGGUAUCUUGGAUCACAUUACCCUGACAAAGCAAUUGCAGUGGUUCCUGCCGCCGGUUACAUCAAGAUUCAAGAUUAUGUUUCGUACGCCAAUUGGAAUGGGUCUUCCUAUGCUGAUCCAUUAUUAAGAGGACUACUGGAAUGUGCUAUUGCUGAAUACAACAAUGAUUUACACCUUAGUAAUAUGAGAGGCUUGGCAGUCUUACCACGCGUUGGGAGUGAAGAUGAUAAUGUACCGCCGCUACAUACACGAAAAUAUUGUCGUCUUUUGAACGAGGUGGCCAAAGAUCCUUGUGCAAUCAGUGUAUCCGAAGUACCGGAGAAGGGACAUUGGUGGAGCAGUGUUCUGGACGAUGAUAUUAUUCAGAAAUUUCUUGACCAACAGAUACAGAAGGGUACAAAAGAUGUGCCUGAUUGGAAGGAUUUUAUGGUAUCGGUAAUAAAUCCGGCUGGAACUGGCAGUGUUAGGGGAAUUGAAGUGGAGCAACUUGAUAUUCCUUUUAGACUUGGAAAAAUAAAGGCUUCAAAGCUAGCCAGUCAUCAGAUUUCUUUAAAAACAGUCAAUGUGUCGGCUUUUAAGAUACAUCCCUGGCUUGGUACAUGGACCGAGCUCGUGGUGGAUGGCCAGGUGUUUUAUUAUGCGGACACAACGACUGACUCGGUUCUGUUUGUUAAGGAUUACAAAGGUAGUCCGUGGAAGAUUGUAGAUCAAGUUAGUUGGCCUCCAAGCGGGAUAAGAAGCAAGGCGACAUAUGGGCCUAUACACCGGAUGUAUGAGUCUAGCCGACCUUUGAUCAUCCGGGUGCCCAGUGAUGUUCGAGGAUCUCUAAAGAUGAUAUUCAAACAUACGGCUCUUCAGUUGAGCCAUGAUUGGUAUCUGUAUGGACGUGGAAAUACACUGAUUAUUGGAGACCAAGAAGAAGUUCCGGUGACAGAGAGCUGUGAGUUAUCAUUCCAGAUCUACCUUGGUCUCCCUAGUCAGAACCGGGCAUUGAGGUGUCUGCUGGACCGAGUUCCAAGCGAUAUAAGCUUGACUGAAACAAGUAUUGGAGUUGGGCAGCGUACAUUUGAUGAGCCUGGAACGGGCAUACUGUCUCUUGUCCCAGGUGUGCAUUCGAAUGAAUUGGGUAUCCUGGUGGCGGGACUGGAUGUGGCGGGCUUUGAUGCGGCGUGCAGACUCCUACCAAGGCGCACAGGCAUGCUUGUACCUGAAUGGAUUAUCACUACACCUGAGACCAGAUCAAAGGGCAUAGGUGGAAUUGUCGGUGGAGGAUACUAUGAUAAUCGAUGGCGAUCGUUUGGAUAUUAA